CGCCGGCAGAAAAUUUACGUCAAACCGAAAGAAAAGAAGGAAUAGUGCGGGAGCGAAAGAGCAAAUGAUUGACAUUUAAGGCUUUUGUGUCUUAACUUUACAUUAGGGCCAUAUUUCGAGGAAGAAGCCAAACAAACAACUAAACAACCAUCCAACAGUUUUUGCUUCGCUUACUCUGGCUUAUACUGCGAAACUGUCGUUCCUGGGUCAGCUAGGAUUUUCUAGGCGAUUUAUGCAUCUUAGUUUAGCAAUGAUGCAAACGUUGAAGCCUCCACCGCCGGCAUUAGCAACAACAUCUGCAGCAUCAUUGCUUCACCACCCCAACCAUCACCAUAUUCCACAUCAUCAUCAUCAUCCACAUAUACAUGCUACUCCCUUUCACUCGCCCAACUCCACUACAGCUGCCUUGUUAUUGCCUCCACAUAUGACUGCUCCCUCACAUGGCCACUGCCAACAGUUGACGAUGGGCCAGCAUCUGGCAUUGGGCCCAACAACAAAUCUUAACCACAUUGAUACGCGUCUAACACAUUUGCCCAGCUCCAUACAUAAUCCCGCUCUGCAACAUCUUUUGGAGCAGCAUACACAACAUUCGCAGCAGCAACAUACACUGAUGCCAGAGCCAAACCUGUCGUCACUGUUAUUGUCAGCUACAAAUAGCCAUAAUCCUGCUAUGAUAAUGGGCCAGAGCAACAGCAACAGCGUUCGGCAACAACAUCAUCAGCAGCAGCAAUCUCUGGGACCUCAGCUUCAAUGUGCCACAUCACCUGCUAUGGCUGCCACAAAUUUGGUGCCACCUUUCCCUAAUAGCAUAUCCUCUCAAACUACGGCAUGUGCUAUAGGUGGGAAUGUGGCAGCAGCAACAUCCAACACCAACAGCCUGCAGUCACAUCACUUGUCAAGUGCUGAGAUUAGCAACACCAUCAACAACAACUCCGAUUCCAUCAACGGCACCAUCACUGCCACCCUCAAUCCCAAUCACAAUGCCAACCUCAAUGGCAGCUGCAACAGCAAUGACCAAGAUGACCCAAAUCCCGAAAUGAUAUUGGCUUUAAUCUCCAGAAAUAAAGAGCUUGAGGCCACGAUACCAAAAUGUGGAGGCUGUCAUGAACUGAUAUUGGAUCGAUUUAUUUUGAAGGUGCUGGAAAGGACGUGGCAUGCGAAGUGUUUGCAGUGUAGUGAAUGUCAUGCCCAGUUGAAUGAUAAAUGCUUUGCCAGAAAUGGACAAUUGUUUUGUAAAGAGGAUUUUUUUAAGCGCUACGGAACGAAAUGUUCCGCUUGUGAUAUGGGUAUACCGCCAACGCAAGUCGUGCGACGUGCUCAAGACAAUGUCUAUCACCUGCAGUGUUUCCUAUGCACGAUCUGUUCGCGCACCCUCAAUACCGGCGAUGAAUUCUACCUCAUGGAAGAUAGAAAGCUAGUAUGUAAGCGUGACUACGAGGAGGCAAAGGCGAAAGGUUUGUAUUUGGAUGGUUCCUUAGAUGGUGACCAACCGAAUAAACGACCUCGCACUACGAUAACUGCAAAACAAUUGGAAACACUAAAAACCGCCUACAAUAAUAGUCCGAAACCUGCGCGUCAUGUUCGAGAACAGCUGUCCCAGGAUACGGGUUUAGAUAUGAGAGUAGUACAAGUCUGGUUUCAAAAUAGAAGAGCGAAAGAGAAACGUCUGAAAAAGGAUGCUGGCCGAACACGAUGGAGUCAAUAUUUCCGCUCAAUGAAGGGCAAUUGUUCGCCAAGAACUGAAAAAUUCCUAGACAAAGAUGAUCUUAAAGUCGAUUAUGAUAGUUUUAGUCAUCAUGACCUUAGUAACGACAGUUAUAGUACCGUCAAUUUGGGUUUAGAUGAGGGAGCCUCACCACAUUCGCUGCGUGGCUCAUAUCUGCACGGUAGUUCGAGUCCUUCACAGUAUCCAUCUAGUCGUUCACCGCCACCGGUGGGGCAAAAUCAUUCGUUUGGUUCAUAUCCCGACAAUAUCGUUUAUACAAAUAUAGAUCAUAAUUCCACAUCGAAUCUGCAUGGCGCUAAAUCACAAUCCCGCUUACAUGCUGGCAGUGCUGUUUCCGAUCUAAGCAACGACUCUAGUCCCGAGCAAGGUUUUCCCGACUUCCCUCCCAGCCCUGAUUCAUGGCUGGGCGAUGCGGGGAAUACCACAACCUCUAAUCCAAAUUCGGCAACACCAGGCGGUGUACAUUACUGAUACUCAAACAUUCUCUUUAGAUAUUUUCAAAUGCAAUCACGCAACUUGUUGCUGCAACAUCAUCAUAACCAGCAACAGCAGCAACAUCAAUCUCUAGAAGCUUUGGCCCCCAUGGAAGCGGACGAGGGCGAAGUUCAUUCAUUACCUGCUGCUUCAUUGCAAAAAGCCGAGCAAAAUUCAUAACAUUUUGAAAAUGCUAAAGAAAAGUGAUCCAAAUCACAAAAGUUUGCAAUCAGUUUAGCUAUUGUUUGGAUAUAAUCUUAGAAUUUGUUCCCUUGUUUCUUUGAUAAUUUUGUUUAAUGUUUUAUGUUCUUUCCAGCUUUUUCUCUUUAAGAUGAAAUUGUUAUUUAUAUGAGAAAGAUAGAAUUUCUUUAGAAAGCAAACAUCCCCUUCUAAGAUUUUGCUCAAAUGUUUGUUAUUCUUGAGAUAUAUUAACAAAAAACAAAAACAACCCGAAUCCUUUUGGAAACAUCAUGUUCGUCCGCGCUGAAUAGUGCAGGAGUUAAGGCCGAAACAGAAUGAGCGCGUUGAGGUUGGUUUUUGAGCGUCGCGUUUUAAAAAUGCAACACUGCACACAAAUCACACAAAAGCAACGCGUAAAAGUAAAAAAUUGUCAACUUUGAUCCAUGAAAGCGAGCGCCAUUCUGUGCUGUCACACGUGAAGUAGUGUUUUAAUUAAUUUAGGUUAAAAAAUUGUUUAACUUUUGCGAGUUGAAUUUUUGAUAUUUUUUUGUAGAGCUGCAUUUUUCAACGCGAUGGUUGUCAACGAGCUUAUUCUGUUUAAGCCUUUACAGUACUAUGACUAUAUCUAAAAAAAAAGGUCAGUGAAGAGCUUUUAGGGAAAUGCGCUAACUUAACCUCGGCUUUUGUAUAGGUCAUUGCUAAGAAUUUCUAAUCCAUCAAAUAUCAUUUAUGGUAUCUAUUUGGUUACACUGGAUUAGGUUAGGUUGACAAGAGUGUCAGGAUUAAAGCUUCGGAAUCACUUUCUGAUACGAUUUACCUAUGUCAGUCUGUCCAUGUUAAUUUGUGCACAAACUACAGGUUGCAACUUUCAUCCGAUCGUCUUCAAAUUUGGAACUUACAUUUUUUUGGCAUAGAGACGAAGCCUAUUAAAAUUGGAAAAAAUAGGUUUAAUUUUGGAUAUAGCUCCCAUAUAUAUGUUCGUCCGAUUUGGAAUAAUAUAGCUAUAAACCGAUUUGUUAACCGAUUCUAUCGAAAUUUGGCAGGGGUCUCUUGCAGGAGUCGAUUGACUCUUGACAUUACUUGUGAGUUUCAUAGAAAUCGAUUCCGAUCGAUUUAAAUAUAGCUGCCAUAUAGGUAUAUUGCCCGAUUUUCAUUCCCUGAGCAAGCGCAUUUAUUGGACAUAAGUUUGGUCGAAAUCGGGUCAGAUCCCAUACAUAUGUUUGUCAGAUUUUGUGUAAUUGCCAAUAAUGUUGUCAUUUGUCAACCGUGGUUAUUACAGCUUGGAACAUAUUGGCUCGAAAUUUGAUACGGAUUUUUCAAUAAAAACAUCCGCCCAGGUCCAUCAAAAUUCGUUCAGGACUAGAUAUGGCUCACACUUUGUACUUAUAAGAUAGGUAUAGGGUAUUAUACAGUCGGCACAGCCUGACUUUUGCCUUUCCUUACUGAUUAUAUUCUAUCCCACUGUGCAUCGCUCAUUCUGCAAUGUUAUGAACUUUGGCAUUUAAUUGGCAUGCUCCAUAGUCCGCUUAACAUUUUUAUAUUCAGUCUCCUAAAUUUUACUUUGUCGUAUGCCAUAUCCAAGACACUUUCGGCUUGUCUACAGAGAUGUUCUACAUUCCUGCCGCUUAGAAUGCUUGCAGACUGUACUAAAUCCUACUUCAGCUAGAAACGUUAGCUUUACCGAAAUAUGGUCUGCACUCAAAAUCAAUGAGUGCAGUCCGAUUCAAGUUAAAGCUCAAUGAUAAGGGACCUCCUUUUUAUAGCCGAGUCCGAACGGCGAGCCGCAGUGCGACACCUCUUUGGAGAGAAGUUUUACAUGGCAUAGUUCCUCACAAAUGUCGCCAGCAUUAGGAGGGGAAAACCACCGCUGACAAUUUUUUCUGAUGAUCUCGCCAGGAUUCGAACCAGGCGUUCAGCGUCAUAGGCGGACAUGCUAACCUCUGCGCUACGGUGGCCUAUAUGCAGCUAUAUUGAAAUCUGAGCCGAUCUAGAUCAUAUUGCAGGAAGAUGUCGAGGGAUCUAACACAACUCACUGUCCCAAUUUUCGGCGACAUCGGACAAUAAAUGCGCCUUUUAUGGGCCCAAAACCUUAAAUCGAGAUAUCGGUCUAAAUGGCAGCUAUAUCCAAAUCUAGACCGAUCUGAGCCAAGGUGAAGAAGAAUGUUGAAGGGCCUUACACAACUCACUGUCCGAAAUUUGGCCGAUAUCGGACAAUAAAUGCGCCUUUUAUGAGCCCAAAACCUUAAAUCGAGAGAUCGGUCUAUAUGACAGCUAUAUCCAAAUGUGGACAGGUCUGUGCCUAAAACCCUAAGUCGGCGGAUCGGUCUAUAUGGGGGCUAUAUCAAGAUAUAGUCCGAUAAAGCCCAUCUUCGAACUUUACCUGCUUAUGGACAAAAAAAGAAUCUGUGCAAAGUUUCAACUCAAUUCAAUUGAUUUCAGCAGAUUUUUAAGACAAAUUCUAAGAGGAUUUGUCUAAGAAAACUUUGGCCUGAAAUCAUUCAAAUCAAUAUCGAUCUUUAGGAUUUCAAACAAUAAACUUUUAUUGUUUGAGUGAUUUUGUCCAUAGAAUCCGAAAGCUCCAUUUUGAUUUUAGACCCAUGAUUUCUUUUGCAAAACUUCUUAGUGUUGACAAAUGGGGCACUGACAUAUAAGAAGACUGUAAUUGGAAGAACUCGUACCUGGGAGUUAACAAAAUCAAAAGACAGCUCUGAAUUUAGGUCUUAACCUCAGACAAGUUUAAACGUGAUGCAGAAUAUGCAGCACAUUGAAGUCCAUGUUCUGAAUAUACAAAGUUGUGGUGAGACUUAGAGAGCUCAGCCUGCUGAAGGAGAACAUGUACAGCUACAGUCGUCAUCGCAUAAUUGCCAUUAGUAGAGGUGUUUGGAUGGGAAUGAGUAAAAAACGGUCAAGAACUUACUGUGUAGACCUACACAGGAACACAAGCUUUCCAACUUAGGGGGUGUACCGCAGACCAGUAGUUGGCAUGAACCCAGUUGUACGCGGAAGACCAGUAGUUGGCAUGCUCACGUUUGACACUUUUCAACCGGUGCUCCGGCGCUCUUCUUUUAAUUUCUAUCUCACCUCUGGUUCCUAUUUCCGACUUAAGCCCUUUAACUAUGUCACCUACACUCUUUUUCUAGCUGGAGUAUCACAAUAAGUCAAACUAACCUUCGACGCACCUAUACACAACACUACCCAAUCAAGCUAAACCAAACUUGUCAUGGCACUUGGUCAACGCCCAUCCCAAGCGGAUUUUCUACGACUACCUGUAGAACAGCUUUCUUUCUCAGUAAAAUCCUUCGUUUUGUCAGUUCAGUAUGCGUAGCCUCUUGAUCUUUAAUUUAAACCGUUGCCUUUGUGAGUUGUAAAGCUCCUAAGUAAUCUAAAAAUGCUCGGUAAAAGGGAUUGCGGUCAAAAUAAGGGCUAUACCAAAUUAUUUAAGGUAUUGUGCAGAAUAUUCGGUUACAAAAUUAACUUGUGAUGAUUCUAGAUGCAAUCACAAUGUAAGGGGAUUCGAUAAAAACAGCUGAGAACGAAACUAAAUUAUUCGGCAGCUUAUUAACAAUUUGCAACUUAAGAUGUAUUUUAUCAUUUUGACCUUGCUAUUAAUGCUAUUCUUAUAAAAAAAAAAAAACAUUUAGCCAUUUAGACGAAAAUGUAUCAUUCUAAAUGUUCUACUAACCAAAAGGGUAAAGGUUUUAAAAGUCGGAAUAAACCGACUAAAAUAAUUUUUUUAUACAAAACAUUUAGUUUCCCCGUAUAGAAAUACAUAGAAGAGUUUUGUGAAGCCAUGAAUUUUUUUAUAAAUAUUUUUUUUUUUUGUUAUAAAUCUUUUUUGUUUUGAUAUAAAUAUUUUUUUAUGUUUUAUUUUAUUGUAGUCUUCUCACAAUAAAAACAUUCCAACUAUGUGUGUAUAUAAUGUAAAUUUGUGUAAAUUUGUAUUAAAUAUUUUUUUCUAAAUUUAAUUAACUUAAGAUUUAGAAAAUGCUAUAUAACAUAUAUUUAGAGAGUUAUUUAUUAUUAUAUGUAACUAAUAAUAAUAAAAAAUAACUAUAAAACACAAUACCUAAAAAGAUGAAUUAAAAAAAAAACCAUUCACACUUUAAAUAAAAAAAUAAAAUAAAACAAACUACAUACAAACAAAAACAUAUAACCGCUUUAUACAAACUAGAAAAAAAUAAUUAAAAAAGAAAAGAGUAAUAGCAACUCAAUAAAGGAAAGCAUCAAAAAAGGUAAUUUUCAAAAAAAAAACAAAAAAAAACCAUUGAGUCACAUUAUGCCAUCAACAACAACAACAACAACCGAAACAAGAAAAACAAAAACCGUGAUUAUUGUCUUGUUUAUAUAUCUUGUAAGUACGUAAUAGAUAUUAAAGAAAAACAAAUGAAAAUCACAAAAAAUAAAUCAUUACAAAUAUGAACUAUUUGAAAGCUAAAAAUCAU